AUGGCAGACCAAAAAGGUCCGGGGAAAGGAGACGGCGCGGCCGAUACGGGGCGCACCGUCAAAUUCUCCACUCUACCUACGAGGCCCGUUACCGACUCAAGAACCCCAUCCUCCCAGCGACCAGACUUCGACCGAGCUGUCACCCAUUCUGAUCUCCUUGCUCACCACCAAGAAGACAACGUCAACAUUCCAGUCACCCCAGGAAUCGGCGUCGAAACCUACGACUCCGGCACCAGCGCCGACUCCGCAGAAUCCGCUGGCAGCAACUACUUUACCUCCAAACCUACUAGACUACUCGAAGAGGCUGUCGCCUCCCCUAACGCCAUCGACGACACCAUGGCCGCUCCGUCGGCAGACCCCAUGUCUGGCCACGACAUCCUCCGCCGGAUGAGCAAGGCCAGUCGCGGCAGACGCCAGACCCUGAGCGAGAUCAAGUCGGCUUACCCUGCCCUGUCGCUGAGCGGUAACGUCAUAUCUGCGACUUUUAACAUGCCACACUCCUUGAGGUACCGCAAAGGGAACGACUGGGAACUGAAAACCCGCCGCGGCCAAUCUGCCCUUUUCGAUGCGUUUGCGCAUCUGUCUUCAAACGAUUCCUCCUGGAACCAUACCUGUGUCGCGUGGACAGGCGAGAUCGAGGCUCCAUCCGACAUCCCUUCCCCUCCCGAUACCCCUCCUAUGACAACUACCAACCUACCGAGUCUGAACAAGCUCUCCGCCCCAAUCCCCGUCGACGUCAAUGCUGAGAAGCCAGCACCCGCACCACCUUCGAAAGAUGGGCUGUGGAUCCCCAAGGAAGACAUGGAGCGGCUCGAGUACCAGCUGUCCCAUGACAAAAAGAUCAAGACGGUGCCUCUAUGGCUCGCGGACGACACAGAUGGGCAGGAAGACGGAAUUUUGCUUAAGGAUCAGUCAAGGUGGAGGCGCUACGCAGAGCAUGAUCUCUACACGCUCUUCCACUACAAAACACAGAUGCCGUCAGACGGCCGAAAGGAGCGCAUCUACUGGGCGGACUAUUACCGCAUGAACCAGAAGUUUGCCAACAAGAUCCUCGAGCUCUACAAGCCGGGCGACGUCGUGGUGAUCCAUGACUAUUACCUCAUGCUCCUGCCCAGCAUGCUGAGGCAGCGCGUACCACACAUGUACAUCAGCUUCUUUCUGCACUGCCCUUUUCCGUCCAGCGAAUUCCUGCGCUGCCUGCCAAGACGUAAGGACAUCUUGGAGGGUAUGCUUGGCUCAAACCUAGUUGGAUUCCAGAGCUACAGCUACAGCCGGCACUUUAGCUCCUGCUGCACUCGGAUAUUGUCAUACCCCUCGGACACCGGUGGCGUGGAGACGUACGGCUCCAGAGUCGAAGUUGGAGUCUUCCCAAUCGGUAUCGAUGCAACCAAGGUCGAAUCCCUAGCGUUUGCCCCCGAAGUUAAUGACAAGGUCAAGGCACUCAAGAAGAUGUAUGCGGGGAAGAAGAUUAUCGUCGGCCGAGACCGGUUGGACAGCGUCAGAGGUGUGGCACAGAAACUAAUGGCUUUUGAGCGGUUCCUCGAGCUGUACCCCGAUUGGCACGAGAAGGUGGUGCUUAUUCAGGUCACCAGCCCGACGUCGAUUGAGGAGACUUCAGAAGGGGACGAGAACAAGAUUGCCAGCCGAGUGAACGAGUUGGUCAGCAGCAUCUCCGGCACGUAUGGUCACCUUGGGUACGAGCCUGUGCAGCACUUCCCUCAGUACCUCAGCCAAGACGAGUAUUUUGCGCUUCUGCGCGCUGCAGACAUCGGAUUGAUAACCUCGGUUCGAGAUGGCAUGAACACGACCUCUCUGGAGUACAUUGUCGCUCAGCGCGAUAACAAUGGACCCUUGAUCCUGUCCGAAUUCAGCGGUACUGCCGGCAGUCUCAAGGAUGCAAUUCAUAUCAACCCUUGGGAUCUUUCCGGCGUUGCAGACGAGAUCAACAACGCACUCAUCAUGAGCGACGACAAGCGACAAGCCAUGCAAAAGUCCCUUUAUCGUCAUGUCACCACCAAGAACGUUCAAAGCUGGAUUGGCGCGUUCCUGGACAGGCUGGUCGAUGUUCUUGGUAGCUCCAAGAACACCGUCUCUACCCCGCUUCUCGACCGAGCCCUGAUGCUCCAGUCGUACAGGGAUGCAAAGAAGCGGCUUUUCAUGUUCGACUACGACGGCACGCUCACACCCAUCGUGAAAGAGCCAUCUGCCGCCAUCCCCAGUCGCCGUGUCAUCAAUACCCUGACGACCCUAGCCUCGGAUCACCGCAACGCUGUAUGGAUUAUCUCGGGCAGAGAUCAGGCCUUCCUGACCCAGCAUUUGGGACAUAUCGACGAGCUCGGCUUCAGUGCCGAGCAUGGAAGCUUCAUGCGACACCCCGGCUCGAAGGAAUGGGAGAACCUGGCUGAGACGUUCGACAUGGGCUGGCAGUCCGAGGUGAUGGAUGUGUUCCAGACCUACACUGACAAGUGCCCUGGCUCCUUCAUUGAACGCAAGCGCUGCGCACUCACCUGGCACUACCGGCUCGCGGAUCCCGAACAAGGUCCACACCUAGCGCACGAGUGCCAAAAGGAACUCGAGGCGACUGUCGCACGCAGGUGGGACGUAGAUGUGAUGCCAGGCAAGGCCAAUAUCGAGGUUCGGCCAACCUUCAUCAACAAGGGCGAGAUCUCCAAGCGUCUUGUGCUUCAGUAUAACGCCGACAUGAGCCAUGUCGCCGGCAGUGCCGUCUCUGCCGACGAGCCCGGCAGUAGUAAGGUCGAAUUUGUCCUAUGCUUAGGUGAUGACUUUACCGACGAGGACAUGUUCCGCGCUCUCAACGGCCUGAGCGCACCACCUACAGACAAGGGCGAGGAGGCCAAGGUCAAGGCAGAGAACGUGUACACUGUCACCGUUGGCGCGAGCACAAAGGUCACCUUGGCCCGAUGGCACCUGCUGGAGCCGGAGGACGUCGUCGACUGUGUUGCACUGCUCGCAGGCGUUGGUGGCGGUGGUGCAGGCGCAGAGGGCGGCGGCACACUGAGCAUGGGAGAGGUCAACCUGGCGGCCCUGAGUACCGUCGAGGGACAUGUCCCUAAUAUCGACUAG